UAUGCUGCUUCACGAAGCUUCUCAUCUCACACUCCUCGUUCCCGUCUCUUCCCUCGCCCCUUACCCACCGUCGUCCUUCGAAGCCUCGAGCUCAACCCUUACAGCACAGGAGCCGGGGAGGAAUUCGGAGAUUAACGAUCUGGGACAAUUAUUGAAACGGGACUCUGUAAUGAAACAAAAAGCUUAAGCAUCUCCAAGCUAAAAAUCAAGGAAGAGGUCUUGAAAUGGAAUACGAUAUCAAUCUUGAUCAAGAUAUAUUAGAAGCUGAUGUCGUCAUUCAAGAGCCUGAUCUUACUGUGGACAUCCAAGCAUCUCCAAAAGUAGAUGAAAUGGAAAAUAAUAUCACUCUUGGUCAAGGUAUAUCAGAAGCUGAUGUAAUGGUGUUUGAUGAAAGUAUUCAAGGGACACAAUUGACUAUGGAUGUACAGGAACCAAUAAAGGAAGAUUUUGAAACAAAUGAAAGUAAUGGAAAGGAAAAUGAUCAUGUGUCCCUUGAAAGGCUUGGAUCAGAACCAUACGUUGGUUUGCAAUUUAGGUCUGAAGAUGAAGCAUAUGAAUUCUACAACACAUAUGCUAUGGAGAAGGGCUUUAGUAUCCGAAAGAGUCGUGUAGAACGCUCAAAGGUUGACAAGAGUGUUCUUUCCCGGAAGUAUGUGUGUGCACAUGAAGGUUUUCGUUGGACAAAAGAUAAACGUUACAAAGGUAAGGCGGUUCGGUCUCGAAGAGAAACGAGGGUAGAUUGUCGGGCAGCUAUGAGCAUUAAAAGAAAAUCUGGUGAAUGGAUUGUUUACAAAGUUCAUCAUGAUCACAAUCAUGAACUUGUUAAUCCUGUUGAAGCUUACAAACUUCGGUCGCAUCGAAAAAUGAUGACCACUGUAAGGUCAAUCCCUGUUAGACGUGAAGUUGGACCAUCUGAAAUUAAAGACCAGUUUAAGGAUGCAGGAAGUGCAGAUAAUAGAGGACUAAGCAACCAAGAUUGCAAGAAUCAGGUGAAGAAAGAACGGAAAAAUAACAUUGGGGUUGAUUGGGAUUGUAUGCUGGAGUAUUUCAGCAGAAUGCAGUCAAUGGAUUCUGGAUUUUUCUAUGCAUCAGAUUUUGGUACAAAUCAGAGCAUAAGGAGCUUGUUUUGGGUGGAUAGCCAGGCAAGAGAGGCUUACAAGCAGUUUGGGGAUGUGGUGGUAUUUGAUACCUCAUAUCAGUCGGACAAAUACAGGUUUCCACUUGCUUGUUUCACUGGUGUAAAUCACCACAGGCAGUCUACAGUGUUCGGAUGUGGGUUGCUGGCAGAUGAAACUGUGGAAUCUUAUGUUUGGCUAUUUGAAACCUGGCUCAAAGCAAUGUCAGAUCGGCAGCCUACUUCAAUGAUAACAUAUCAAGACAAAUCAAUGAAAAUGGCCAUAGAGAAGGUUUUUCCAGGCGUAAGGCUCCGAUUUUGCAUGUGGCAUGUGGCAAAAAAUGAGUUAGAAAAUCUUGGAUAUGUUUUUAAAAUGCACAAGGAAUUUGAAACUGAAUAUAGAAAGUGCAUUCAUACAAGUCGGAAGCCAGAAGAAUUUGAGUCAGGGUGGGAGGCACUUAUUGUGAAGUAUUGUUUGAAAGAAAAUAGUUGGUUAAAUUUAAUGUAUGAUCAGCGCCACCUUUGGGUGCCACUGUACCUGCAAGAUGCAUUCUUUGCUGGAAUGACUACAGUAAAGAGAGGUGAGGGUAUAAAUUCUUAUUUUGAUGAGUUCAUGCAUGAAGGAACUCCUCUAAGUGCAUUUAUAACUCGGUAUGAUCAGGCCCUAAAGCAACUACGUGAAAAGGAAUCAGAUGCAGAUCUUGUAACAAUGCAUACAAAAACAGUUUUAACUUCCAAAAACCCAAUUGAAGAACAAGCUGCAAGAGUUUUCACUAGGAGUAUGUUUUCAGUGUUUCGACAUGAAUUCCUCGAAAGUUCUUGUUGCAUUGCAAAUAAAACAGAUGAGGAGGGGCCUGUCAGCAAGUAUGUAGUGGGAAAGUACAAUGAGAAGGAUGAAAACAUGCAUAUCGUUACAUUUAAUACAGUUGAUACUCGCAUAAGCUGCAGUUGUCAGAUGUUCGAGUUUGAGGGGAUGCUUUGCAGGCAUGUGCUUAAGGUAUUCCAAAUGGUAAAUGUAUUUGAGAUCCCGCCACGAUAUAUUUUAAAGCGGUGGACAAUGAGUGCUAGAUUUGUUGAGUCUUGUAUUGAUGAAGUGGGAGGAUGUUCCAGGGAGAUUUUGAAAGAAACAGCUACUAAAUUUGUAGAGUUUGGUUCCACUUGCGCGGAACGAACUAAUGUUGCUUUUAAAAUUCUACAAGUAGGCAUGGAAAAACUUUCUAAUAUCAAUAUGCCUAGAAGUGCCAUACUUCCGGAAGAUCUGGGCUGUGGAAGUAGUUUUCGAGGGGAAAAUAUCAGUGAACAGAAGGAGAGCGAUGUGCCUGAUAUGUCACAGACCAAAGCGAGAGGUCGUCUUGUGUCUUCAAGAGAGAAAGCAGGCUCUGAACAGUCACCGAAGAAGAAAAGAAUAUGUCGCACAUGUGGAGAAACCAAACAUCAUAUGCAUACAUGUUCGAAGGGAGCUGUUGAUCAGUCCCAUCCUGCCACACUGUUGCAAGGACCCGUGAAUCAACCACAUCCUGCGACAAUGUUGCAGGGACCUGUUGUUCUACCGCCUCCUUUCGCAAUGUUGCCAGGACCUGUUGUUCUGCCCCAUCCUUUUGCAAUGUUGCCCAGACCAGUUGAUCGGUCCCAGAUUUUAUAGUAUGAGAAAACUCCUGAUAACACUUUGUAGUGUACAAAGUGUGCCCUCUCCUUUAUUUAAAACCUUGUAUUAUUUCCAAACACAUUAUGUUACUUUCUCAUUUUACUUUAGGUUGUCCUCACUCUUCACUACCUUGUAUGGAAAUCCUUGUACAGUAGUUCUUUUCGUUAUGAGUUGUACUGGUGUAAGUUCUGCUUUCCAGAAAUCAAAAUGUUCAUCUUGUUUGCCCUUAAA